CAGCGGAGCUUGUGCAUCGGGGCCCGUGCUGCAGCGGAGCUCGUGCUGCAUUGGAGCCGGUGCUGCAGCGGAGCUCGUGCUGCAGCGGUCGCCCGGCCUUCCCCCUUCCCUGCAGCCAGCUGACCCCCGGGGGCACCAUGAAGGAAGAGCCGCUGUAGCCCCCGUGCAGCCUGCCCUGCCCUGCCCUGCCGUGCAGCCUGCAGCCUGCCCUUGGAGCUAUGAGCCAUGAAGCCCCCUGGCAGCAGCUCCCUGCCGCAGCCCUUUCCUGCUUGCAGCCCGUCCUCCGCUGGGAGCAUCACCACCACCACCACCACCACCACCACCUCCUCCAGGCCGCCUCUGCAUCCCCUCGGCUGCAUCCCUUUCUUCCUCCUCCUCCUCGUCCUGCCGAUGGCCUCCUCCUGCUGCCCCCAGCCCCGGGGAGAUGCUGCAGCCAGAGCCCUGCAGUGGAAUGAAACUGCAGGACGGAUUGCAGAAGCUUUGGCAGAGGAAGACACAACAUUGCAACAGAACAACAGCAGAAGCAGUAAUAACAGUUACAGUAAUAUAAUGCAAGAAGAAAUCACAUUGCCUUCUAGACUGAUAUAUUAUGUCAACAAAGACUCAGAAAGCCCUUACCAUGUCCUGGAUACUAAGGCCAGACAUCAGCAAAAGCACAACAAGGCUGUGCAUUUGGCCCAGGCAAGCUUCCAGAUCGAGGCCUUCGGAUCUCAAUUCAUUCUUGACCUCACACUGAAUAAUGGCUUGCUUUCUUCUGAUUAUGUUGAGAUUCACUAUGAAGAUGGAAAACCACACUACGCUAAGGGGGGCGAGCACUGCUAUUAUCAUGGGCACAUCAGAGGGAUCAAGGAUUCGAAAGCUGCCCUAUCAACCUGCAAUGGACUUCAUGGCAUGUUUGAAGAUAGCACGUUUGUUUAUAUGCUACAGCCCCUGGAGCUGAACCACAGUACAAAAGGCACAAGUCGACCACAUGUAAUCCAGAGAAUGCUAGGAACUCAAACUUCUAAGCAACUGAAAAAGCCAGGAGCAGACAUUAGUGACCAAUGGCCUUUUCUGUCCGAGUUAAAAUGGCUGAGGAAGAGGAGAAGAAGGAGGGCCGUGAAUCCAUCUCGUGGAAUCUUUGAAGAGAUGAAAUACCUGGAGCUUAUGAUUGUCAAUGAUCACAAAAUGUAUAAGAAGCAUCGGUCCUCCCAUGCGCAUACUAACAACUUUGCAAAAUCCGUGGUCAAUCUUGUAGAUUCAAUUUACAAGGAGCACCUGAAUACCCGAGUGGUUCUGGUGGCUGUGGAAACGUGGACUGAGAAAGAUUAUAUAGAGAUCCGCCAUGACCCCGUGCAGAUGCUCCAUGAAUUCUCGAAGUACCGCCAGCGCAUCAAACAGCAUGCCGAUGCUGUGCAUUUGCUCUCGAGCGUGACAUUCCACUAUAAGAGAAGCAGUUUGAGUUACUUUGGAGGUGUCUGUUCUCGGACCAGGGGAGUUGGAGUCAAUGAGUAUGGUCUUCCAAUGGCAGUGGCUCAAGAAUUAUCCCAGAGUCUGGCUCAAAACCUUGGGAUUCAGUGGGAGCCAUCAAGUCGAAAGCCAAAAUGUGACUGCACAGAAUCCUGGGGUGGAUGCAUCAUGGAGGAAACAGGGGUAUCCCAUUCCAGAAAAUUCUCAAAAUGCAGUAUUGCUGAGUAUAAAGAGUUUUUAUUGAGAGGAGGAGGUGCCUGUCUUUUUAACAGGCCAACAAAGUUAUUUGAAACUACUGAAUGUGGCAAUGGCUAUGUGGAAGCAGGAGAAGAAUGCGAUUGUGGUUUCCAUGUGGAAUGCAAUGGAGAUUGCUGCAAGAAAUGCUCACUGUCCAACGGAGCUCACUGCAGCGAUGGGCCCUGCUGUAACACAUCCUGUCUUUUUCUGCCACGAGGCUAUGACUGCCGCUACACAGUCAACGAGUGCGAUAUUCCAGAAUACUGCACCGGAGACUCCGGCCAGUGCCCACCCAAUCUUCAUAAACAAGAUGGAUAUGCCUGUGAUUCCAAUCAGGGCCGUUGUUAUAAUGGAGACUGCAAGACAAGAGACAAUCAGUGUAAAUACAUCUGGGGGUCGAAGGCUGCAGGGUCUGACAAGUUCUGUUACGAGAAGCUCAAUACAGAAGGCACCGAGAAGGGAAACUGUGGGAGAGACGGAGAUCGAUGGGUUCAGUGCAGCAAACAUGAUGUGUUUUGCGGCUUUUUGCUCUGCACCAAUCUCACUCGAGUACCACGGAUCGGUCAUCUUCAGGGAGAGAUAACCCCAACUUCCUUUUACCAUCAGGGGCGAGUAGUCGACUGCAGUGGAGCUCAUGUGGUUUUGGAUGAUGACACAGAUGUCGGAUAUGUUGAAGAUGGAACUCCAUGUGGUCCGUACAUGAUGUGUCUAGAUAGAAAGUGCCUCCAGAUUCAAUCCCUGAACAUCAGCAGUUGCCCUCUUGGUUCUAACGGCAAAGUUUGCUCAGGUCACGGGGUGUGUAGUAACGAAGCCACCUGCAUUUGUAGCUUUACUUGGGCUGGGACAGAUUGCAGCAUCUAUGAUCCUAUCAAGAAGGAUGAUUCCAAGAAGGAUGAAGGACCCAAGGGUCCUAGCGCCACCAAUCUUAUAAUAGGUUCCAUCGCUGGUGCCAUCCUGGUAGCAGCUAUUGUCCUUGGGGGGACAGGAUGGGGCUUUAAAAAUGUCAAAAAAAGAAGGUACGACCCCAACCAGCAAGGCCCCAUAUGAAGGAAUUGCCGUGGAUGAACUUCUUGCACCACUGGAUUCUGGGUAUGACAUCUUUUAUGACAACUGAGCAGGAACCGUGAGAUCGAUAAACAAGAACACUGAGUGGUAACAACUGCAAUUAAAUUUGGAGGGCUGGGAAUGGGGCGAAGGAAAACUGCUCUUGUUGAAGAUCAGUUCAAAUACUCCCCUUCCCCACUUCUCUAGAAAGGAUUAAAAAAAAACCAGACAGUUCAAGUGGGUGUAUGCGAUAACUGUUUCAGAAUAAGUUUUUUGUGUUGCUUUUUUUAAGUAAAGGAAGAAGGGGCAAGCAAUCAAGUGCAAUAAAAGGAGCAUUUCCAAAUAAUACAAUAGCAACCUGCAGGCACUCAGUAUCUUCUAAAUGAGUUUGCAUGACUUAUUUUCAUAUUAACGACAAACUCCAAUGGCAUGAAGAGCUAAUUUUCGAAAGGGUAUAAACUGCAUGGCAUAUAUACAACCAGCGAGCUCGCAAUCCAAUCUCCAGCCAAACUUGCAAAUGAACAUAUCCGAUGACGAUGACACAGAAAUUAGAAGCUGAUCGACCCUCUCCUUCAUCCAAGAACUGCUUCCACCGGGAAACUCGGUUCUGUCUCGGAACUCGUUAACUCCUUAGUCUCGUCCAAUCACCAUUCCCAUUUUUGGACCAAACCAGUGUUUGGACGUGGGAGCUGUGAUUUGAACGAUGAUGCUAAUGUAUAGUUCUUUAACAGCAAAUGUAAAUAUGAAAAUAAGAGAUUUUGACACAUCAUUUUCACUUAUCGAUAUUGAAAGAUUUCCUUGUAAAGAUUGAUUCUGUAAAUUUGUUUCGGUUUGGUUUUGGUUUUUUUUUGGUAGCGUGUUGUAUAGCAGGUCUUGGUCUUGCUCAGAGCGAGCAGCUGUAGCAUGCAGAUAUAGAGAGUUGAGCACAAAGCAGGUGUGAUCUAAAGUUUGUAUGCUUGAAACCAAAAAAAAUAUUAAAAUGUAAGUGUAAAUGCA